AUGAGUGGGUUCGUCAACAAGUUUUCGGAGGAAUUUAAUAAAAUAUAUACAAGUGGGCGUCGUAGUGGGAUGAGCUACGAGGAUGUCUUCAAAAAGGCAUCAGAUGUUUACAAGACAAACCACAAAACCACGUUCGCACACGUUCGGGCUUGGGAAGUUAUGCGAACGGCCCCAAAGUGGGCGCCGGUUCCCAACGAGGUGGAGAUGGCAAAACGUCAAAAAAACUCGGAGACCGGUAGUUUUAGCGUCGCCGGCUCGGACGCGAGAUGUCACAUAAAUUUAAACAACGACGACGAGUUCGAUGAAGAAGAGUACGCUGUAAGGGAAGUGGAACGUCCCCCGUGUCGGGACAAAUCAAAGAAGGAGGUGACCUCAAAGAAAGAAAAGCAAAAGGUCGAUCCGAAGAUGGAGGAGUUUAUGACGCAAUUUAAAACUUACACGGAGGUCACGACCCAAAAGGCAAAGGCGAAGGAACGGGCAGUCGAAGAAAAGGCACGCGUGGCGGGAGAAAAGUUACGAUUGGCCGAUGAUAAGGUUCGGCUCAAAGAGUGGGAUAUAUUGACAAUGGAUGUUGAUAAUUAUCCCGAACCAAAACGCUCGACUUUAAAAAAUGUGGAUGAUUAA